AUGGAUCAGCACAAUGUACUAGAAAUAAGCUAUGAAGAAGAAAAUCAAAGCACAUGUGAACAAUGUCAAUUUCUGUUAGAAAAAGUAGAAUCCCUGGAGAAGGAAAAUAAAUCUUUACUCAUGGAAAAUAAUGACUUGAGAUUGGAGAACUCAAAAAACAAAGAAGAUCUAAAAACCUUUCAAGAAAAACAUAUCUACAAGUAUGAAAAUAUAUCUAAAGAUAAGCAUCAUUUUAAGUCAGCUACUGGACUUGAACUGGAAGUGUUUGACCACUUACUUACUUUUUUGAAUCCUGGAAAUAAUGGAGAAAAUAUAAAGUUUUAUGAUGCAUCAAACAGAGAAAAAAGCAACACAACCCCAUCUACUGCUACACCAAACAAGGAGACACCACAAAAGCGUGGUCCACGGCCAAACCUAAUUCCUGUCAAUCAACUCUUUUUAGUGCUUGUUUGGUUGAAGUGUGGAUUUAGCCUAUCCCAUAUAGCAUGGUUAUUUGAUACCCCAAAGUCUACAGUUUCAAGAUAUCUUAUUACUUGGAUAAAUUUCCUCUAUUUUUCAUUGGGUAGUCUACCAAUAUGGCCAACUAAACAGCAAGUGCAAGAAACAAUGCCAGAAUGUUUUAAAACAACUUACCCAACAACAAGGUGCAUUAUCGAUUGCACUGAAUUGUUUUGCCAAUCACCAUCUUCUUUGAGCAUUCAAAGCAGUCUAUUCUCAUAUUAUAAACAUCAUGUUACUUAUAAAGGUCUGCUUGGAAUAGCCCCAUCAGGAGCCAUUACUUUCAUCAGCCAAUUAUAUAGUGGAUCUGUUUCUGAUAAAGAAAUAGUAAACAGCAGUGGCUUGCUUAAUAAGGAGUUGUGGGAUAAAGAUGAUGCAAUUAUGGCUGACAGAGGAUUUACAAUUGAAGAGGAGCUAAGCAAGAUAGGUGUACAAUUGAAUAUACCAGCAUUUUUGGAUGGCCGAGAGCAGCUAACAAAAGGAGAAGUUAAAGAAAGUCAGUCCAUUGCCUCUGUUAGAAUACAUGUGGAACGUGCCAUACAAAGGGUGAAGAAGUUCAAGCAAAUUCGAAAUGAAAUACCACUUGUACUACAUGGCUCUAUCAACCAGAUAUGGACAGUUGCAUGUUUGUUGUGCAAUCUGUUACCACCAUUAAUACAAAAAGAAAGUAACACAGCACAACCUAACCCUGAAAAAUAG